AUGUCUGAAAACGAAAAGCGGUUAGUAUCGACACUGACCAGGCCAAGCGCCGUGUCGUCGGGCCCGUCUGACACGGGUGCAUCGGCACCAUCAACCUCUAGUCCUCCAAUAGCUAAACCCGGAAGGCGACGACGCGCCGCCGAAUCGAAGAACAAAUCCUCCAAGACUCAACACUUCUACUUUGUUGAUCAGAACUCGUCAUCCAAAGAAAAACGCGCUCAUGUUAUGCGCCACCAUGUACAGGAAAAAAGGAAACAACGCAAAAUGUCGGGAACACUCUCGACAAAGCAAAUCCCAGAUCAUACCUCGUAUUCACCAAAGAAAGAGGCAGGAAAUGUUGAGACUCGACUUGAGUCGCCCCCGACAACUGUACAAAACUUCCCCCAAGGGGAAACUGCGCUUCAAAUCAGAUUCUCAAACAUGAGGUCGGAACCAUUUACUUCCACACUACCAUACAUCGGCUCCCCAAUCACCAUACUCGAUGCUUCGCGAAGGGAUCCGUUUGCCAGUCUCCCAAUCCAAUAUGACAACAGUGAUAUUGAAUUGGCUGACUAUUGGAGGAACAAGUUGACAUACUGGUCCGGGCAAAACCUUCACGUGAAAAACCAGAUUUUCCGCACGGCUAUGGGAAACCCUCUUUCAUUCAAGGCAGUAGUGCUGUCAUACUGCGCGCGGUGGAAAGCACAGCUAUACAACAUGGCUGACAGCACCGAAAUUCAACGCCAUGUUGGUCAAGCCGCGAAACUUAUCGAUGACGCGACCUCAGGCCCUGCGCUAAUCAGAGUGGACGACCUUGCAAUGGCCUUGGGUGGGAUGGCCUUGCACGAAGGGCGCUUCGGGAGCAAGCAACUGGCCCAGAUAUAUGUUGAUCGCGCGGUUCAGGCUAUGCGACCACGAACAGGAACCAAUAAGCCUGUUGAAGUGUUUAUCCACUAUAUCCGAUAUCUUAUGAUGCCAGAAGGCCUCGGGAUCGGAAUGGCUGAACAGGAAUGGCUGAUCACUUUUCUCCGAGGAGCCGAAGACCUCAUGCGGCAACAUAGCUCCCCCGAAUACCUCCUCCAAGCACCAUAUAGACUCAAGGCUUUCCAGAUGGAAAAUCCUCUGUUUUCCCUACUUUCUAGUGGACCGCGACCCUCCCAAGUACCACAUGAGUCGCGUGUAUAUGUGGUUCGUGACGCGCAUACCCAAGAAGUCAGCCGAACGGCGGCGCUCAUUUAUAUUACGGCUGCCCUGUGGGAUUUCCAGGGGUCUCCAGAGAAGACCGACCGGUUCCUUCGCUUUUUAUGUACUGCGACGAAACAGCACCAUCUCGACCGUGACCCAGCUUGCGAAACCCUCUUAUGGUUGCUGCUGGAGGAAGGACAUGAUUACGAUUUACAAGACCCCGAACGUGGAUGGUCCACUGGGGAGAUGCUCAAGGCACACAAGCAACUACGGCCGGACCUACAAUUCCAGUUUAAUGAGAUUCUCAUGAGUUUCUUAUCUUUUCAGACACCUAUCCGCGGGGUUACUGAUUUUGAAAAGGAGCUUCGACAUUCUCAAACAAAAUCUUUGAUUUAA